AUGACGGAGCGAUCGCCAGACCAGCCGGGAUCGGACCAGCCGGGACCAGAGCAGCCGGGACCGGACCAGCACCACAGCGCCACCGUCAACACUGAGGGCUUCAGCUUCACCAUCGGUAAGAGGGGGGUCCACCUGAACCUGAACCUGAGGCUCAGGGGGUUCCUCCGGCUCGGCUCCGGCAGGUCUGAGGGAACCAGGUUCCUCCGGCUCGGCUCCGGCAGUGGACCUGGUCUCUGCAGCGCUGAGGACCCGCCACCCCUGGGUGCUCCUGGGGUCCUGGCUGAGGACCCGCCACCCCUGGGUGCUCCUGGGGCUCUGGCUGAGGACCCGCCACCCCUGGGUGCUCCUGGGGCUCUGGCUGAGGACCCGCCACCCCUGGGUGCUCCUGGGCCACCCCUGGGUGCUCCUGGGGUCCUGGCUGAGGACCCACCAGCCCUGGGUGCUCCUGGGGCUCUGGCUGAGGACCUGCCACCCCUGGGUGCUCCUGGGGUCCUGGCUGAGGACCUGCCACCUCUGGGUGCUCCUGGGGCUCUGGCUGAGGACCUGCCACCCCUGGGUGCUCCUGGGGUCCUGAAGACGACUGCAGUCAGGUUGAGGUGCAUGGUGCAGCAGCUGGAGAAGGGGAAGGUGUCCGUGGUCCAGCUGAAGAAGAACCUGGAGCUCGCUGCUGCGCUGCUGGAGAGUCUCUGCUCCGAGGAGACCGAGCAGGGAGCUUCCAGGUGGGACCGGGUCCCCCUGGAGGUCCAGCAGGACCGGGUCCAGCCAGACCGGGUCCCCCUGGAGGUCCAGGACUGGCUGGUCUUCACCUUCACCGGGCAGCAGAGUCCGGUGCCGCGGCGAAGCGAAGAAAGGCCUCGGUUCCGCAGCAUCGUCCGGGCCCUGCAGGCCGGACUCUUCGUGGAAAGGAUGCACCGCCGGACCUCCAACACGUCCUCCUUCAGCUGUCCACAGAAGGUCCUCCGUGUCCUGAAGCGCGUCGACGCCUGGUCGUUUGACGUGUUUGCGCUAAAUGAAGCGAGCGGAGGCCACGCCCUGAAGUGUGUCUUCUACGAGCUGCUGUCCAGAUACAACCUCAUCAAUCAUUUCAAGGUUCCCCCCUCGGCUCUCCUGUCCUUCCUGGACUUGUUGGAGGUCGGCUACAGCAAACACCAGAACCCCUACCACAACCUGAUCCACGCCGCCGACGUCACCCAGACCAUCCACUUCCUGCUGUUCACCACCGGCAUCGUGCACUGGCUGACGGAGGUGGAGCUGUUUGCCAUCAUCUUUGCUGCUGCCAUCCACGACUUCGAGCACACAGGGACCACCAACAACUUCCACGUCCAGACCAGGUCGGACGUGGCCCUGCUGUACAACGACCGAGCCGUUCUGGAGAACCACCACAUCAGCGCCACCUACCGCCUCCUGCAGAACGGCAACGACAUGGACAUCUUCUGCAAUCUGUCCACGGAGGACUGGAGGGAACUGCGGGGUCUGGUUGUGGAGAUGGUCCUGGCCACAGACAUGUCCUGCCACUUCCAGCAGAUCAAGGCCAUGAAGAGUCUCCUGCUGCAGUCGGAGCCGAUCGAUAAGCCGAAGGCCUUGUCUCUGCUGCUUCACACGGCCGACAUCAGCCACCCGUCCAAGACCUGGGAGCUGCACCUCUGCUGGACCAGGUCCCUGCUGGAGGAGUUCUUCAGACAGGGAGAUAAAGAGGCGGAGCUUGGCCUGCCCUUCUCUCCGCUCUGCGACCGUAAAUCCACCCUGGUGGCCCAGUCCCAGAUAGGAUUCAUCGACUUCAUCGUGGAGCCCACCUUCACUGUGAUGACGGAGAUGAUGGAGAAGAUCGUGGAGACUCUGGCGGAGGAAACGUCACCCCCUGGAUUUUCUGUCCUCCAGCACGCCGGUGGCGGCGUUGGGACCCGCUCUACGGAGAGGACGGGGGAAUCUCGGAGCUUCAAGUCCACGUGGAACCAGGAGAUUCAUUCCAACCGGGAGACCUGGAAGUCUCUGGCAGCUAAAGAUCUGGAAAAAACCAAAGGGGAGGAAGAGGAGGAAGAGGAGGAAGAGGAAUGG